UCCAUACUAAUAAAGUACUCAGCCUCUGGAAUUAAGUUCAAACUGGAGAAGGAGAACAACGGCAUCCAAUAGAAGACCUUGGACGUCGGAGAGUGAAUUGGAAGACGUACCUGGAGAAAUGGACGCUAGAAGAAAACACUGGAAGGAGAACAUGUUUGCUCCUUUUUUUAGUGCACAGGAUGUUCUAGAUGAGGCUUCUCAGCCUGAAUCAUCUUCUGAACAAAUGACUUUAGAUAAGGCCAAUAGAAUAGAAGGGGUUUAUAAUUUGUCUAGUAGAAAGUUUCAAGAAGAAAAUAAAUUUAAGAGGAAAGAAUUUAUUUCUCAACCAAAUGAAAAAGAACAAGAACCAACUUUAAGAGAGAGAAAGAUAAACAUUUCAAAGAACGAAGCAGACACAAAUUCUAUCUCCUGUGAUUCCUCUAAUUUGGAUGUGGUGACCGAAGAAAGCUUUAAUAGCACAGAAGACCGUUCUACCUGGAGUACAAAGGAAUUACCAAUCCUACCACGACAAGACAUAAAGAAGAAAUUUACCGAAGAAAUGUCUCCAAAACUUCGCCUGAAUCUCUUGAAUGAAGAACUGGAAGAACUUAACAUGAAAUGCAGGAAAAUAGAAGAGGAAUUUGAAAAUGCCGAAAAAGAACUUUUGAACUCCAAAAAAGAAGUCUCCUCCAAACCCCUCAAGUUUCAGGAAACAGGGGGAGAAACUUCGAAGAAAGACUGGGAGCUCCAAGCUUUAAGAAAUGACCUCUCUGAAAAAGCGACAAACGUCCAGAACCUAACCGAAGAGCUCCAGCAAGCCAAAGAACUCAUCCACAGGCUGAGCCUAGAGAACCAGGAGUUAAAAGAGGCCGUUAGGAAGCUCAAGCGUCAAACGGAGAUCGGAAACGCGCUCUUGAAGGAAGAGAUGAAACUGUACUAUGAGUUAGAGAUGGAAAAGAUCCGCGGGGAGCUGGACGCCAUCAAGAACGAGCUGCGAGCCGAGAAGACCCUGCAAGCAAGAAAUAACAGGGCCCUGGAGUUGCUUAGGAAACACUUCGCAUCCGUGACGUCAUGAAGUACCCUGGACAGCUUGACGGAGGAUUUUUUUUAAAACUCAGAAAAAUAAAAAGCCUUUCAUGAGGCAAAUCAUGGAGCCAAAUCAGUGUUUCUUGUGCUUUCUUUGUGUGCCACUUAAAAUGUGGGCCACGGGAAGUGGUUGUUCGUUUGGGUGGAAUCGGGCUAUCCAUCAGAGUGUGUAAGCGUUAACGUCAAAGCUUCUGUCUUUUUCUCGUGACGUUAUUGCGAGAGUCCAAAUGGAAAUGAAGCUUCAGAAAUCUCUUUUUUAUCUAUACAUUUCACUCAAAGAUGUGUAGUGAUUCACCAAAUCAUUUACGAGUACAAAUCCACAGCCAUUUUGUGAUCUUGUGAGCAAUAUGUCCUUGGCACGUGAAUAUUCCAUCUGUGUUCGUUGAUGUUAACAAUAAAAAUCUUGUUUGUGUGU